GGGCUUUCCGUGAGCAGGAAGUAUGACGUAACAUUUAUUAUGGAAAAACGAAGUGGAAACAGAGGUGACGGAACAAUGGAGCAAAACGUUGAAGAUUACAAGCUGAUAUUUGAGAAGGAGGGAGUGUACCUUCACACAAAUGCCAAGAGGAGUAACCAGGACACAACAAUCCCAGGGUUUAUCCGGAUUGUGGAGCGGGCCGGGGUGCCAGCUUUAGAGUGGAGCCCACUUGAAGAUGAGGGCCGCAGUGCCCCCGCUGUGCUCUACACCAAAAAGGAUGGAGAAGGAGGGGAGGAGGACACAAACUUUGACCCUGGUUAUGAGCCAGACUGGGCAGUUAUCAGCACAGUGAAGAAAGAUCGAGAACACGUCCCAGUCAGAGAUUCAGGUCAGUGGUCGUUCUCUCUGCCUCUCUCGGAGUUAUACUCUCUCCGGAGGGCUCGCUUCUCCUUGGGUCGAAACUUCCUGGUGUUUACUAGCAGAGGAGGCCACCCGCUGCCUCCUCUGCACUUCCACCGAGGAGGAACCAGAGAGCUGCUUAGGGCCAUGCACCGUUACAUCAUCCUGGACCAGUCACCGGUUGACGGGCGGCUCUUCCUUGCCUACCCUCAUGACUCAGGUGCUCUCUCUCAGUCCUUUGAUAAGCUGCAGCUCCUCGAUGACGGAGGCUCGGAUCUUGUUUCGAGAUUUAUCCAGGACCCAUAUGCCACCACAUUUGGUGGAUUCUCCAAAGUCACCAAUUUCUUCAAGGCAGCCCUUCGACCUCCAGAUUCCUCCGCCUACUCGCGUACUGCUCAGGAUCCCAGUUUCCCCCUCCAGCCCGAUGAAGAGCCCGGCUUCGAACUCAUCACAUGUGGGGUAGAACUCGGUCCCAGACCAGACGUAACCAGGGGAGAACCUAUGGACAAAUGGCAGGAGUUUCUGGACCCACAGGGGCGAGUGAAGAACCCAGAGGGGAUCAAAAAGCUUGUGUUCAGAGGGGUAAGACAGUAACAGUAGCAGUAUAUCUCCUAUCUGGAAGACACACUUGGUUUAUUUUUUUCAAACUUCUAUUCUACCAGAUCGUAGAUUUCCUUUAGGAAGUCGGUGACUGUAAUGCCUUUCUGUGUCUGCAGGGAUGAGUAUUUCAGAAUGAAGGUGCAGUGGAAGUCAGUCAGCGAAGAGCAGGAGAUGAGGAACUCUCUCCUCAGAGGAUACAGAAGCCUGAUAGAGAGAGAUGUCAGCAGGACAGACCGACACAAUACGUUCUUCUCUGGGAACGACAAUCCAGGCCUGACUCUGCUUCAUGACGUGCUGAUGACAUACUGCAUGUACAACUUUGAUCUUGGUUAUGUCCAGGGGAUGAGUGAUCUCCUUUCUCCUCUCCUGUUUGUCACCCAGAAUGAGGUGGAGUCCUUCUGGUGUCUGACAGGCUUCAUGGAGCUGGUGCACCAGAACUUUGAAGAGUCUCAGGAGGCCAUGAAGCAGCAGCUCCUUCAGCUCAGUGUCCUGCUGAAGGCUCUGGACCCGGAGCUGUGUGACUUCCUGGAUUCUCAGGACAGCGGCUCGCUUUGCUUCUGUUUCCGCUGGCUGCUCAUCUGGUUCAAGAGAGAGUUUUCCUUUGAGGACAUCCUCAUCUUGUGGGAGGUCCUCUGGACUCGUCUUCCGUGUGACAACUUCCACCUGCUGAUCGCCUGUUCAAUCCUGCAGUCCCAGAGAGGAGAGCUGAUUGGCUCAGACCACGACUUCAACACUAUUCUGAAGCACAUCAAUGAGUUGACGAUGAAGUUGGACCUGCAGAGUGUUCUGCGUGGAGCAGAAGCCAUCUACCUACAGCUGACUCAGUGCAAGGAGCUUCCCCUCAAGGUGCAGCAGGUUCUGGGUCUCUACAUCCCCUCCAGCUCUGAGGAGGACAGCACAGACUCGCAGGCCAGCGAGACACAGCGCCUCCUCAGCCAAUCGCAGGCUGGAGCUGCUUCGUCUAAUUCAGCAUGCGGUCCCACCUCUCCCUGAACCUGCAGGCCAGCUGAUGGACUGACAGUCAUUGAGAAAUGUAUGGAAGAUGUUUAUAUAUAAAAAAAUAUAUAUAUAUACUGUGUAUGAUCCAAUGGAAGAAUGAAGACUGUUGUUACUGUUUGUCAGGGACAGGGGGCGAUGUUGAGGGUUUUUUUUUCUUUUAAUGUACUCAUGAAUGUUACAAUUCAAGAUGUUUAAACACUAUAGUCGUGCUUGCAGUGCUCUUUCUUUCUGUAUGUUAUCCUCCUCUUUUUUUGUCACUUGUUUACAUGUCCUGUGUCUCUGCUGAACCGUUCUGCCAUCCUUUCUGCUUUCCGUCCUCCUUCUCAUGCUGCUGUUUUACCUUUUUCCCAAAUUAUUUAACAAUUGUAUGCGUCUCUGCUUGUCACUUGUGUUGCAGUGUACUUUCAGUGCGUUUUGUUAUGUUUGGUUGAGAUUUUCCCUUGCGUCCCCUCGCCACAGUUCCUGAAAAAGGGAAGAAGUUGAAGGAUAAGCUCACUGGCAGCGCCUUGUUAGUACUGUAUGAUGCCAUUCCAGCCCUAUGCAAAGUUUUUGCAUGCCUUAUAGGUUUCACAAGUGGCGUGGUAAUAUUUUAAGCCUUGUAAUUAUCUGUAUUAUGUCAUAACGUUUUCAUCCGCUCAUUAUUACCAAAUAAAUGGUUGAAUCUUAA